UUCACAAUAUCUAGGGUUUCAAAUACAAAUUCCCAUAAGUACCCAAAUCUCUUCCUCUCUGGUAAGAAUCCCUAAUCGCCUGCAACAGUUGAUUGUGAAGAAAUGGCAAAGUCGAAGAAUCACACAGCUCAUAAUCAGUCGUAUAAGGCACACAGAAAUGGAAUAAAGAAACCCAAAAGGCAUAGACACAGUUCUACCAAAGGGAUGGAUCCCAAGUUUUUGAGGAACCAGAGGUAUGCUCGGAAGCACAACAAGAAGAUCGUUGAAUCUGCUGAAGAGUAAAAGAAUUGUUAUAGUGAUGAGCUAUUCAUCGUGACGGACAAUCUCUCGGUUUGUUGAGGCUUUGUUUGAUGGUUUUGAUAUUUGUAGUGGAUACUUGAGUUAGUAUGGAACCUUGUUUUUGACUGGUAGUCUAUUAAUCUUUCUGUGAAGACAGUUUAAAUUAA